AUGAGGAAUCCAGAGCUGCUUAUCGCUGCCGUCCUGUUAAGCUGUUUCAUGGGUGGCACCGUCUACAGCCAGGCGACCUGCCGCAGGGCCGCGUCUCGUGCCUGGAUCACCCUGCCAGAGAACAUCAGUGUGAGGUGGACCCUCACUGAGAACACCUGCAGCAGCUCAAUCCAGUGCUGGAACGGACGAUCCGAGACGGACAGGUUGUGGUGGACAACUGGGUCACACCGCUUUCCUCAGCUGUGCCCACUGGAGCUUCAACUCGGAGAUGUGAUGUUCGUGUCUCUUGACAGAAUGCUAGAACAAUACGGUGUUUAUUUGAUCAAUGUGUCCAAAGAGGAGUUUGACAGUUGCUUGGUAGUAAAGCCACGGAAGGACCAGGUAGUGUUUGUCAAAAGUAUGAUCGGUACUAUGGAGCUGGAUCCAAAAUGGCUGAGGUCAGGUAUGAAUUACUUCACAGUUGUGGGCAGAGGAAACGGUAAUUUGUGCCGGCUCGGCCUGCGUGUUGCGGUUCUGGUAAAACCUCAGUGUUGCCGAAGCUCGCCUCUUCUUCGCCUUUGUUCGGGAAACGGUAAAUGCAGAGCCACAUUCAAAGAUGAUGCAUAUAGCUGUCUGUGCCACGAACGUUUUUCAGGACGUUAUUGCGAGAACUUUGAUGGAUGCUAUGAACAGCCGUGCUUAAAUGGAGGCACCUGCUUGAGCAGAAGGACUGCCUACACAAAUCUCCCUCCUUAUGAAUGUCUUUGUCCUACUCAAUUCACAGGCAUCAACUGCUCUGAAAUCAUUGGCCAACAAAACUGCAGCAAAAGAUGCAAGAAAGGAACGUGCCAACAAAUCUCUUCGACCUUCUACAGAUGCGAAUGUCUGACAGGAUACACAGGUGCCUACUGUGAGCGAAAGAGUCGUCUCUGCGAUUCAAACCCGUGCAGGAAUGGUGGCAUGUGUGAGGAGACUGUUAAUGGAUACGUUUGCAAAUGCCUCAGGGGGUUCACAGGCCUCAGCUGCGAGACCACCACUGAGGUUGACAGCUACUGCAAGUCUAACGGAUGUCAAUUGGAUGAAGUCUGUGCCGCGGACAAACCUAAUUCCUCAUGCGUUUGUGUGGGCCUGGAGUGCAGUGAGCAGCCGGAUGUGUGUGGCACGCUUCCUUGUCUCAACGGCGGCACCUGUGUGGCUCUGAAUGGCCAGUUUCAGUGCAGAUGCCGACCAGGUUUUUCCGGAAAGAACUGUGAGGAGAUAAUUGACUUCUGCAAGCAGCUCGGUAUUAGCUGCCUGAAUGAGGGAUUGUGUCUUAACUUAGUUGGAGCAUAUAAUUGUCUCUGUGCACCAGGAUGGACGGGGGAGUUUUGUCAGUACUUGGAUAACGCGUGCUCAGCCUACCCAAACAGAUGCUUGAACGGAGCUACAUGCAUCAGUAUGAGUCAACCAAGCGCUCCCCCACACUAUAUGUGCACCUGUCUCCCUGGCUACACAGGAGGCCACUGCGAGGGUGAAAUAAAUGAGUGUGACUUCAGCCUGUGUCAGCAUCAGGGAACGUGCAUCGACUUGGUGGGAUCCUACAAAUGCUCCUGUCCUUCAGGAUUCACCGGUGUUGACUGUGAGAUUGACAUAGACGCCUGCUCCCAACCCAACAUCACUUGUCCUCCUGGGACAUUCUGUGUGGAUUUUCCUGGUGACCAGCUCUAUGUGUGUCACACUUCAUGCCCUCGCUACCUUCAGCCAUGUGCCAAUGGAGGACAUUGUGUUCUUAACAACAUCACCGGUUACAGUUGUGUCUGCCCACCUGGAUGGACCGGGCCGACCUGCUUGGUUAACGUAAAUGAGUGUGUCCAGCACAAGUGUCUGAACGGAGGCACCUGCGUCGAUGAGGUCGGUGGGUACAGAUGCCUUUGCGGUUACGGAUACACUGGAGUCCACUGCGAGCUUGACAUUGACUUCUGCUUCGGACAUCGGUGUUCAGAACAUGCCGUCUGUUUGGGCCAACAUCACAACUACACCUGUCACUGCAUGCUGGGAUACGAGGGAACGUUCUGUGAGCUCGAGAUGGACGAAUGCAGAAGUUCUCCCUGCGCCAACGGUGCAACUUGCAUUGACUUGGUGGCAGGUUACCAAUGCCUGUGUGCACCGGGAUUUAUGGGCCAAACAUGCUCCGAGAAUAUAAAUGAGUGCUGGUCCCGACCCUGCCUUAAUGGGGGCACCUGCAUUGAUCUGGUCAAUGACAACAUUUGUAUCUGUCCAACGGGGUUCACAGGACAUGACUGCUCAACGCCGGCUAAAGGCUGCACCUCCGAUCUGUGUGAUGCUACGGGCACCUCCGUGUGUGAGGAGCAAGACGGCGGUUUCAAGUGCACGUGUCAUCACGGUUACACGGGCCGGUUGUGCGAAACGUCCAUCCGCCGUUGUGUGGAAGGACUGUGUCAUCACGGAUCAAAGUGCGUGGACCUUCCUCAGGGCUUUCUGUGUGAAUGUUUGCCCGGGUUAAGAGGGUGCUUCUGUGAGGUAAAUAUCGACGAGUGUCUGGAUAAACCCUGCGGCACGCUCAGUGUCUGCAAAGAUGGUAUCAACGCCUACGAAUGUUUCUGUGCACCUGGGUUCAUUGGUAAUAACUGUGAGAUUGAAGUAAAUGAGUGUCUUAGUCAACCCUGUCAGAACGGCGCUUUCUGCUCAGAUGAGCUCGACACCUUCAGCUGUCUCUGCCCUGCCGGAACCACAGGCAGUUUGUGUGAAAUCCACAUAGACGAAUGCCAGUCGUCACCUUGCAAGAACAAUGGCACGUGCUUGGACCUCUCAGAUGGCUUUAAAUGCAUCUGUCCUUCAGGUUUCACUGGUCCUGAGUGCCCUGUGGAUGUCGAUGAGUGCCUCUCAUAUCCCUGUAAGAAUGAAGGCACCUGCAUUGACCAGUCGGGUAAUUACUACUGCCGAUGCGUGGCUCCAUUUAAAGGGAUUAACUGUGAGUUUCUGCCCUGUGAGGCUGUUAAUCCGUGUGAUAACGGGGCUGACUGUGUGGAGGAGGCUGAUCCUCUCCUCUUCCCUCUGGGCUUCAGGUGUCGAUGCCGACGGGGUUUCACCGGGCCCCGCUGUGAGAUCAACAUAGAUGAGUGCAGCUCCAACCCAUGUCUCCACGGCUUCUGUUACGACGCUGUAGAUGGAUUUUACUGCUUGUGUAACCCUGGAUACGCUGGAAUGAGAUGUGAGCAGGACAUCAAUGACUGUGCCAGCAACAUGUGUGAAAACAACUCAACUUGCCUGGACCUCCAUCUGAGUUACAACUGUCUCUGUCAGCCAGGCUGGGAGGGGGAGUUCUGUCAACGGGAGAGCGACGAGUGUUCAUCAAAUCCCUGCAAAAACAACGCCACCUGUACAGACCUGCUCAACGCUUACAGGUGCACAUGCCCUCGUGGCUGGGCAGGUGUGGACUGCGGAGAGGAUAUAAAGGAGUGCACGUCCUCUCCCUGCCUCAACGGGGCACAUUGUGUUGAGUCUGACAUCCCAGGGGAGUUUGCCUGCACCUGCCCUCCUUUCUUUACCGGCUCCCUCUGCGAACACCCUUACGACCCCUGCGACCUGCAGGACAACCCCUGCCAACACAAAGUGGCCUGCCGUGCACGCUCAGACGGAACCGCUCUUUGUGUUUGCCCAGCCGGGUUCGAGGGAGCUCGCUGUGAAAUUGAUAGCGACGAGUGCGUCUCCAGACCUUGUCAGAACCAAGGCCAUUGUGUGGAUGGGGUCAACAGUUACAGCUGUUUCUGCAUGCCAGGUUUCUCGGGCCGGCACUGUGAGGAAGACAUCAAUGAGUGCGCCUCCAACCCCUGCCAGAACAGAGGCGUCUGCCAAGACCUAGAGAACAAUUUCCGAUGCAUCUGUGUUCCUGGAUACUUCGGACCGCUUUGCAACCUGGACGUAAAUGAGUGUGAAUCUUCGCCCUGCCUCCAUGAAGGCGUGUGCAUCAACAAGCCUGGGGGCUUCGUAUGCGUCUGCCCUGCUGGCUUUUCAGGUACGUUGUGUGAAGUGAACAUCGACGAGUGCCAAUCUAAUCCCUGCGGAUUCAACGGGAGGUGCAUUGACGGUCCUAAUGGGUACCAGUGUGUGUGCUCCAGAGGUUUCAUGGGCCAUCACUGUGAGAGAAAUAUUGACGAGUGCUCAUCCAGCCCCUGUGUUCAUGGGAGUUGUGUGGAUGAAGCUGACGCGUACAGCUGUCAAUGUGAGGUUGGAUGGACUGGAGGCAGAUGCGAGAUCAACAUUAACGAUUGCGAGACUCAUCCGUGUCUUAACGGUGGAUCUUGUGUGGACCUUCUGGACAAAUACGCCUGCAUCUGCCCAGAUGGUUUCACUGGGAGGAAUUGUGACAUCGACCAGAACGUGUGUCUGCAGAAGUCCCUCAACUUUUCCCUCUGUUUCAAUGGAGGAACAUGCAUGGAUGGUCCAGGAGCCAACUUCACUUGCAGCUGCUUGCCAGGUUUUGUUGGAGAUUUCUGUGAGGUUGAGAUGAAUGAGUGCUGUUCGGAGCCGUGCUUUCAAGGGUCUAUCUGCCAAGACCUCAUCAAUGCCUACCAAUGUCACUGUCAACCAGGUUGGACAGGCCUUCACUGUGAAGAUGACAUUAAUGAGUGCUUGCUGCAGCCAUGCAACCAGGGAAUGUGCAUCCAGAAUGAGCCCGGCCACGGCUACACCUGCUUCUGUCGGCCCGGAUUUGUGGGCAAGAACUGUGAAUAUAAUUACAAUGACUGCAUAAUCCAAUCCUGCCCUAGUGGGUUUUUUUGUGUGGAUGGCAUCAACAAUGUCAGUUGUGUGUCUGUGGAUGCUGACACGCCCCCUGCCCCUCCCAUCGCUGUUGUGCCAUGGAGACCCAUACACCACAGCCAGGAGUUACGCCCCAGUUUUGAUUCUGUAGAGGACCUGCAAAGUGCAGAGCAGCCAACAGAUAUUAUCUUUGGGAGAUAUUUGGGGAACUCCUUUCUAGAGUUUGAGGGCAUUGAACUCGGAGCUGUGUCUAGCCUCACAGUAAGAUUCAUAACUGAAGUAAGAGAAGGAACACUGCUGUAUUUGGAUCAGGACACUAUGCCCAGGGGGGACUUUUUCAUCAAACUCUACAUUUCCAGUGGCACACUUCAGUAUGAUUUUUCGUGUAACCAAAAGGAGAGAGUUCAGAGAAUCAAUACAACACAGCAGGUUGCUGAUGGAAAUGAAUACGUGGCGAUUUUACGACAACAUCUGGCUCCAUGUGAGGCUGAAGUUACUGUGGUUGGCUUUAGGACUGUUAAGAGCAACCAGAGCAAAUACACAUCACCUUUGAUUUUACAGAAGACCAACCGUCUCUUCAUAGGAGGUCUUCCUCUGCGUUAUUCACCACAUGAGGAAGCCGAGCCUUUCCACAACUACACCGGCUGCAUUGAAAUAAUAGAAAUUAAUAAGCUCGGAAGAUUCCGUGCGGCCCGUGCCAAUGCUGGGAACAAUGUUGACAACUGCAGAUCACCAUGGGGCCCAACAGCAAACCCCACAGCUUAUCCAUCUCUGCCCAUCACAGAGGAAACCACACCUGGAUGGCGGAUCACCCCUCCCACUCAGCCUUUACCUCUCUGCCAGCAGGUGUUGUGUCUCAACGGCGGAUCAUGCCGGCCGCUCUCCCUUCCCAGCGGGGCUUCGUCUUUCCUCUGCGACUGCCCUCUUCACUUCACAGGACGUCUUUGUGAGAAAGACACAUCUGUGUUUUUCCCACAGUUUGAUGGAAACUCUUUCUUAGAGCUGCCGUCUCUUACGUCCCUGUCUCAGUCAGACACUCACUUUGCGAGUCAAUCCUCUGUUGACAGCAGGACUGUGUAUUUGACGAUGAAAAGCAAGUCGCCUCAUGGAACAAUUCUCUACUCCCGGGAGCAGAAUUUGGAAGACCGUUUCCUCCAUGUGUUUCUUCAGAAUGGAAGAGCGGUUGCCAGAUUGGGCUGCAGUGCUGGUCAUGUUUUGAGUGCUGUUGCUCAUCAAGACAUGAUGAAUGACAGCUUUAUGCCGGUUACAGUGAGAUAUGCAUUGCCAUCCAGUGCCAACGGGCAGCUCUGUUUGAUUGAAAUGGUGGUGGCUAAUGCAACUGCUAAUGGGCAGCAGAGAUACAUGAAUGAGUCUGGGUCAAAGGUGGUGUUUGGCUCCAUGUUUCUGGGUGGAGUUCCAUCUCUGUCAGAGCUCCACCACAGCGGUGCCAAUGUCUCCGGCUUCAUUGGAUGCAUCCGUGAACUACAGAUUGGCUCCAGGGAGCUGUAUGUUGUUGGUGAAGCAAUCAGAGGCCAAAAUAUUCAGAACUGUGACUCGACAGUCUGUCAGCACCAACCCUGCCGCAAUGGAGGAACCUGUGUCAGCGACACGGAGAACUGGUUCUGUGUGUGUCCCUCCCUCUACUCCGGCAAGCUGUGCCAGUUCACCGCCUGCGAGCGAAACCCGUGCACGCGCGGCGCCACCUGCGUCCCUCAGACACUGCUCGAGGCGGCAUGCCUGUGCCCCUACGGAAGGCAGGGUCUCCUCUGCGAUGAGGCUGUCAACAUUACUCGGCCCAGGUUUACUGGACUUGAUGAAUUUGGAUACUCGUCCUACAUGGCUUAUCCUCCUGUUCCCAAUAUGAGCCAGUUUUAUGAAUUCCAGCUAAAGCUCACCUUCGCCAAUAAUGCCUCGGCUUGGAGAAACAACCUCAUUCUGUUUGCCGGGCAAAAAGGACAAGGCGUGAGCGGAGAUGACUUUUUCACGCUGGGGGUGAGGAACGGCAGGAUUAUUCAUAAAUAUAAUCUCGGUUCAGGUGUGGCAUCCAUUAUCAGCGAACGCUUGAAUCUGAGGAGCAUCAUUCACACUGUGCACUUCGGAAGAGAUCUCAAAAACGGAUGGCUGAAGGUGGGUGGGCAGAAGAAGAGGACUGGUGCAUCUCCCGGACCCCUGACAGGUUUGAACACCUUCAGCGAGCUCUAUGUGGGGGGAUAUAAAGAAUACACACCUGAGCUGUUGCCUGCAGGCAGUCGAUUCCAGAAGAGCUUUCAAGGCUGCAUUUUCGAUUUGCUCUUUCGGACAAGACGAGAUGGGAAGUUUCAUGCCCCGGGUGGGGUAGAGGGCAGGCCAGUGUCAGGACGUAAUGUUGGUCAGUGUGGUGUUACUCCAUGUAGUCUGGUCAAAUGUCAGAAUGGAGGAAACUGUGUGGAUUCUGGAUCUUCUGUUCACUGUCAGUGUGCGUUUGGAUGGAAGGGUGCUCUUUGCUCUGAGAAAGUGUCGUUCUGUGAUGCGGAACACAUCCCACCUCCCUCCUGUGCCCGCGGCUCCACCUGCGUGCCGCUUCCUGAUGGGUACAUGUGCCACUGUCCCCUUGGCUCUGCAGGUCACUUCUGCCAGCAAGCUGUGUCUAUAAGUGAUCCCUUCUUCAGUGGGAAUGAGUCGUCCUGGAUGUCAUUUCCUGUUGUAAACAUAAGGCACAAAACUCAUCUGCAGCUGCAGUUCCAAACUCUUUCACCAGAGGGCAUUCUGUUCUAUACAGCACGCUACCUGAGCAGCCGAUCUGGGGAUUUCCUUAGCGUGUCCCUAUCAUCUGGAUUUGUGCAGUUACGCUAUAAUCUUGGAAACGAAACGAUUGUAUUACAGUCCCAGAAAAGUGUGGACGUGACCGGCAUGAGGUGGCACACAUUGAAGGCCGGCCGAGACGGAAUCCGCAACUUUCUCAUUCUUGACAACGAGACAAUAACAAGUAACCCCUCAGAAGGCACGACGACUCUGGAUGUUGCCUCAAAUAUAUUCAUUGGAGGGGUGUCUUCCCUAAGUGCAGUUUCUCUGAGUGCAACGGAGAAGGACCCUGUGGGGUUUACGGGCGGGAUUCGAGAGGUCAUAGUCAACGGGCGUGACCUUGACCUGACAGAGAUGGGGGCACUUGAUGGAGCCAAUGUUGGCGACUGUGAUGGAACAGCAUGCGGGUAUAAAGUGUGUUUAAAUGGCGGCUACUGCCGUCCAGUGGGCACUUCAUCAUUCACUUGUAUUUGCUCAGCAUUGUGGACCGGCCCCAGGUGCCAACACUCCAUUUAUUGCGUCAACAACUCAUGCCAACAUGGUUCUCUUUGCAUUCAUAAUGUCACGUCCACUUCAUAUUCCUGCAUGUGUUUUUUGGGAUGGAAUGGAACUUAUUGUGAGCAGGAAGUAUUAUUGAAGACUGUCAAAUUUGUUGGAAAUUCUUAUUUAAAAUACAAGGACCCAAAGUACAACUUGAGGAAACUUACAUACACAGAGGUGUCAUUCAAUUUUUCAUCAUCAGCAGGGGACGGAUUGAUUCUCUGGAUGGGAAAGGCAGAAAGUGAAGAUAAUGAUCAUCUAGCUGUUGGGCUCCAGGAUGGUAACCUCAAGAUUUUAGUCAACCUUGGCGAGAAGUCAAGCCUUCCUCUCGUUUACCGAGACGGCACGUUCUGCUGUAAUCGGUGGUAUUACCUGUCCAUUAUUCACAACCGAACAGUCAUCCAGGUUCAUGUCAACGAGGAGAGAGUCAUUUUUGAAGACAUUGAUCCCUUUGAACAGUAUGUAGCGCUUAAUCAUGGAGGCGCGGUUUAUUUGGGAGGUUUUGAAUUAAACAGAGAUGUGUCAUCGGUUACAACCGGUCUUUUUAUGGGAGGGUUUGUUGGAAGCAUUAAAGAUGUGUUCUUGUAUCAGGACACUAGACAACAGCAGUUUCUACAAAACAGUGAAGGUUUUAAUGUCUAUCCUGGAGAAGAGUAGAAACAAUCUUGGUUCUUUUGUUAAAGUGUUGUUUACUUUUAUGGAAUAAAAUGUGAAAAUAAGUAUACACAAUCAUUAACCAUUUUCAAGAAGUAAAAUUAGGUAUGUGGCCACAAAAACUAUCUUGCAUGAUUGAUGAUCGUGAGAAAGGGAUGAAGAAAACUAAAAGUUAAAAUUACACAUUUAAAAGAUAAUAACUCUACCCUUUAACAUAUUUAACCAUGUCCAGCAUUUUCAUAAUUUUGGCCCAUGAGCAUUUUAUCCUUUGCAUAAAUGAUGUCCUGCUUUUUAAAGCCUUUACUGAACACGUUUUUCAAUGUCAAUGUGCAGAGAUGUCAAAACAUGCUCCUUUUCAUCAUAUUGUGUACAUAAUCACUUUU